GGCGCGCGGCCGGGCUGCCGUCCUUCCCCCCAACCCCACGCACCCGUCGGCUCCGGGAGCCUGGGGAGGGAGAGCGCGGGCGGGGGGAGCUGGAGCCGGGGGCCUCCGCCGCAGCCGCCGCCGCUGCUGAGGCUUCUGUCUCGCUCGCUCGCGCAGUGGCGGCAGCAGAGGUCGCGCACAGAUGCGGGUUAGACUGGCGGGGGGAGGAGGCGGAGGAGGGAAGGAAGCUGCAUGCAUGAGACCCACAGACUCUUGCAAGCCGGAUGCCCACUGUGGAUGAAAGAUGUAUCAUGGAAUGAACCCGAGCAAUGGAGAUGGAUUUCUAGAGCAGCAGCAGCAGCAGCCCCAGUCCCCCCAGAGACUCUUGGCUGUGAUCCUGUGGUUUCAGCUGGCGCUGUGCUUCGGCCCUGCACAGCUCACGGGUGGAGCACCGGCCAAGCUCUGCCACUUGAUGGCUUUGGGGUCUUGGACCUUGGAAGCCUCAGUUUCUUCAUCCAUAAAAUGAGGAUGAUGCUCCCUGACUUUUGGGUUUGCUGUGACGGAUGGAAGUCAGGGUUCGAUGACCUUCAGGUGUGCGCUGACCCAGGCGUCCCCGAGAAUGGCUUCAGGACGCCCAGCAGCGGGGUUUUCUUUGAGAGCUCUGUCACCCGAUUUCACUGCCAAGACGGAUUCAAGCUGAAGGGCUCUACAAAGAGACUGUGUAUGAAACAUCUGAACGGAACCCUAGGUUGGGUCCCGAGUGAUAAACCCGUCUGUGUGCAGGAAGAUUGCCGGAUCCCACAAAUCGAAGAUGCUGAGAUUCAUAACAAGACAUACAGACACGGAGAUAAGCUAAUCAUCAUGUGUCAUGAAGGCUUCAAGAUCCGUUACCCCGACCUAUACAACGUGGUUUCCUUAUGUCGCGAUGACGGAACAUGGGACAAUCUGCCCAUCUGUCAAGGCUGCCUGAGACCACUCGCUUCUUCUAACGGCUACGUGAACAUCUCUGAGUUCCAGACCUCCUUCCCAGUGGGAACCGUGAUCUCCUAUCACUGCUUUCCCGGAUUCAAACUCGAGGGGUCGGAGUAUCUCGAGUGCUUACACAACCUUAUCUGGUCGUCCAGCCCACCCCGGUGCCUUGCUCUGGAAGUCUGCCCGCUACCUCCCAUGGUGAGCCACGGUGAUUUCGUCUGCCACCCGCGGCCUUGUGAGCGCUACAACCACGGGACCGUGGUGGAGUUUUACUGCGACCCCGGCUACAGCCUCACCAGUGAUUACAAGUACAUCACCUGCCAGUACGGGGAGUGGUUUCCCUCCUAUCAAGUCUACUGCAUCAAGUCGGAGCAAACGUGGCCCGGCACCCACGAGACCCUCCUGACCACGUGGAAGAUCGUGGCGUUCACGGCCACCAGCGUGCUGCUGGUGCUGCUGCUCGUCAUCCUGGCCAGGAUGUUCCAGACCAAGUUCAAGGCCCACUUUCCCCCCAGGGGGCCCCCCAGGAGUUCCAGCAGCGACCCCGACUUCGUGGUGGUGGACGGCGUGCCCGUCAUGCUCCCAUCCUACGACGAGGCUGUGAGCGGUGGCUUGAGUGCCUUAGGCCCCGGGUACCUGGCCUCCGUGGGCCAGGGCUGCCCCUUACCCGUGGACGACCAGAGCCCCCCAGCCUACCCUGGCUCAGGGGACACGGACACAGGCCCAGGGGAGUCAGAAACCUGUGACAGCGUCUCAGGCUCCGAAGAGCUGCUCCAGAGUCUCUAUUCACCUCCCUCGUGCCAAGGGGGCAGUCGCUCCACUUCCGACAGCCCUGACACAAUCCCCAGCACGGCGGGGGAGGUGGCAUCCACCAGCCCGGGCAUCGACAUUGCGGACGGUUAUGUUUGCCAGCUGGAAAUAAAGAUGUCUGUGCCUGUCACAAGGAAAGGCAGAUCGCAGCUCAUGAGAUCCCUCUAAUGGAAGAAGACCCGUAACCGGGCAAAGUCUUGAUGAUUCUGCUGCGCCUUUGGGGAUGGGAGCCUUGUACCUUGGAGUGAGGCGUCCAAAGGACAGAGCGUGGGGGGGAUGGGGGACGUUUGCGAAUUUAUCGACAAUGGGGACAGUGACUCACAUGGUACAUCUUGGACUCAGCAGUGAGGCUGACAGACGGCGGUGGCAGUGCUUUUAAAUGAAACCUGAGGAUUUGCCAAGACCCAUGAGGAACAGAAGGACAAGGGGAAACCCUGUGUGGUCCUGGAUGAAGGUGUUAAGUGUGUCUCAUGCUACGGAACAUGGGACAGACAGUUCCACGCGUAUCCCACCGAAUCCCACAUCCCGUUGACUUAUGAGUGCUACCUGCCUCCUCUGAAAGCAUGUCACAUUAUGUAAAUUGCUUCUCAAAUCCGCUUCAAACUGUCUCUGGACACCAAAUUUGGAUGGCUCAGCCUCCGCGGGAAGUCUGUGCUGAGCAGCAGAGCGCCCCCUGCAGGCUCCCAGGGUGAAGGUUCUCGUGUGUCCCUUGGUCUGGACAACUCUGCUCAAAGCAAGACCAAAGCGGGAUUUGGCGGUUCCAGUGAGAAAGGAAAGGAAGGACUCGGUCAGACUCUGCUUUCUGGAAAUUUCUUCAACAAGGACAGUUCCUGUCCUCUGUGCUGUCCUUUGGUGAAAUAUCGUAUUUGUAUUCAUGGUCUAGCACAUGGACCCAUGGCAUUGGAUAAGUCUUAUGACUUUACAGAUGGUCAGACUGUGUUCAAAUACAUCUCAUGGUGGAGAAGUAACCAAGGUAACAUUUUGUUCUGGCAUUUUUAAAAGAUUCCACAUGACAAUUUAUCUGAGUCGUGAGCCCCCACCCGGGUAACCCUUUGGGUUGUUGGCCCCGCUCCCAAACUCAGCCAUAUUUAAUUUUCCAAAACAGAAAUUGUUUCUGAAAACACAUUCCUCCUCCAAAUAAAGUAUGAUAUUGGA